UCUUCCUCUAACCUUCACAUCUGUUUCUGCAUCUUCUUCGUCUUCAAGUACUGACUAAUCUCCGUUAAUGGCGCCUCAGAUCUAAUCGAAGACCUUGCCCUUGGGAUAUAUAUUUAGUAGCUCUUGCUCCCAAGUUUUUGGUGAAUCGGGGAGGAGCCGCAAUGCAUAAGCGAUUGGCCUUGUCGUUUCCAGAAGAAGUACUGGAGCACGUAUUCUCGUUUAUACAGCAGGACAAGGAUAGGAACUCGGUGUCUCUGGUGUGCAAGUCAUGGUACGAGAUCGAGCGGUGGUGCAGGAGGAAAGUGUUCAUCGGGAACUGUUACGCGGUGAGCCCGGCGACGGUGAUCAGGAGGUUCCCGAAAGUGAGAUCCGUGGAGCUCAAGGGCAAACCUCACUUCGCCGACUUCAAUUUGGUGCCUGAUGGAUGGGGAGGCUACGUGUAUCCUUGGAUUGAGGCCAUGUCUUCGUCGUACGCGUGGCUGGAGGAGAUAAGGCUGAAGCGGAUGGUGGUGAGCGACGAGUGCUUGGAGCUCAUAGCUAAGUCCUUUAAGAAUUUCAAGGUUCUCGUGCUUUCUUCCUGCGAUGGCUUCUCCACUGAUGGCCUCGCUGCUAUCGCUUCCACUUGCAGAAAUCUGAAAGAGCUUGAUCUGCGUGAGAGUGAUGUUGAUGAUGUUAGCGGACACUGGCUUAGUCAUUUCCCAGAUACAUACACAUCUUUGGUAUCACUCAAUAUCUCUUGCUUAACCUCUGAGGUCAGUUUCUCUGCGCUGGAAAGGUUGGUGAGUAGGUGUCCCAGUCUCAAGUCUCUCAAGCUUAACCGAGCUGUUCCUCUUGAAAAGUUGGCUACUUUACUUCAAAGAGCACCUCAAUUGGAAGAAUUGGGCACCGGUGGUUACACUGCUGAAGUCCGUCCAGAUGUCUUCUCUGGUUUAUCACUAGCUCUCUCUGGCUGCAAGAAGCUCAAUUGCUUAUCUGGCUUUUGGGAUGCCGUUCCUGCCUAUCUACCAGCCGUUUAUUCGCUUUGCAGCCGCCUCACAACUCUGAACCUGAGUUAUGCGACUGUCCAGAGCUAUGAUCUUGUCAAGCUUCUUAGUCAAUGCCCUAAAUUGCAGCGCCUCUGGGUGCUGGACUACAUUGAGGAUGCUGGUCUUGAGGUGCUUGCUUCAACCUGCAAGGACCUUCGCGAGUUGAGAGUGUUUCCGUCUGAGCCUUUUGUCAUGGAGCCAAACGUUGCAUUGACAGAACAAGGGCUUGUCUCCGUCUCCGUAGGCUGUCCAAAACUUGAGUCGGUUCUCUACUUCUGCCGUCAAAUGACCAAUGCUGCGUUGGUGACCAUUGCUAGGAACCGUCCGAACAUGACUCGGUUCCGUUUGUGCAUCAUUGAGCCAAAAGCCCCCGAUUAUCUGACUCUAGAGCCACUGGAUGUGGGAUUUGGAGCCAUAGUAGAGCACUGCAAAGAUCUCCGGCGCCUCUCCCUAUCGGGGCUGUUGACGGACAAGGUUUUCGAAUACAUUGGGACAUAUGCCAAGAAGAUGGAAAUGCUCUCGGUGGCGUUUGCAGGAGACAGUGACUUAGGCAUGCAUCAUGUUUUGUCGGGGUGCGAUAGCUUGAGGAAACUAGAGAUAAGGGACUGCCCAUUUGGAGACAAGGCGCUUUUGGCCAAUGCUUCAAAGCUGGAGACAAUGCGAUCCCUUUGGAUGUCUUCUUGUUCCGUGAGUUUUGGAGCCUGCAAGUUGCUAGGACAGAAGAUGCCAAAGCUCAAUGUGGAAGUCAUUGAUGAACGGGGUCCACCUGACUCGAGACCCGAGAGCUGCCCUGUUGAGAGAGUGUUCAUAUACCGAUCCGUGGCUGGUCCUCGGUUUGACAUGCCUGGCUUCGUCUGGAACAUGGACCAACACUCAACCAUGAGGUUUUCCAGGCAAAUCAUCACUACUAACGGAUUAUAAAACGAAUAAACGAGGUACAUUUUUUUCCAUAAAAUCCUUGUUCAUCAUCCCAUAUAAACCGUUCCAGUUUAGGAACAAGAGAGAGAGAGAGAGAGAGCUUGGUCACCAUUAAUUUAAUUCUGGGCUGCUUCAUCAUAUCACCCCAUCAAGCUCAUGAGCAAUGAAUAAGUGAAGAGACAGAGAGGUUAAGAAAGAAGAUCUUAUUAAGAGACCUUUGUUUUUUUCCCUUUUUUUAUAUGUAAGAAUUUAUAUUGUUGUCUGUUUGUUUGUCUACUUACUUACUGAGAGAGAUCCUAGUGGGGUAUUAUUUUCUUCAGAGGAUAAGAGAUUUUUUAAAAGACAAUGUCAAAAAUGUAACUGUUCUACUUUGUUUGGACUCUAUUUUAUAAUUUU